AAAAGUUAAAAAACCAGUCUUCUCACUCUAGAAAAUGGCGACUCAGAUAUCCAGUCGUGCAGAUGACUAAAAUCAAAGAUUAAGAGAGGAAAAAUCAACCGAAAAAAAGGAGGCAAAUACGUAGAAGAAAGACGGGAGCUUUUAGUAGGGGAGAAGAAAAAACCUUGUCUCCACGUUGCCUCUCAUGCUGGUUGGACUUCACGCUUGACUAGACGGGCAAGUGCCAAUCUGCCUUAACCAUCUAACCCCCAUAAACUUGAGACGCAACAAGUUUUUUUUUUUUUUUUUUUCGCUUUUGAAUUGAUGGCCAAGAGGGGCGAAAGAGUUGCAUUCAAUUGCAUCGUAGUAGAUCGUGGCACCCCUUUAUGCGUUUUUGCUUCCCUUAGCAGUACCAAAAAAUGUGACCCAUUGAAUGAAAUAUCUGACAGCUUCCAGCGGAUUAAAGAUUGACGGAACAAUGGGGCUCUACACCAAGGACAUAGAACACGAAUUCAAACAGGUUGAAUAACUCCAGAGGAGGAGGAGGAGGGUGGAUGGAUGGAUGGUUACCAAUCGAUUAAGAAGGGUAACCCCCCUCCCUUUCCCUUUUUAUCGUAAGAAAUGUAGAAGUUUCUUUUUUUUCUUCCUCCCAGAUUCAGAUUUUUUUUUUGUACACAAAAACUUGUUAUUUGUAUAGGAUCUGAUAAUGUCCCUUUCAUUCCUUAUGUUCCCCUCCAACGUUCUUCUCCUCCUUCAUGCCAAAGGAUUAAAAAAGACGUGAAUCGAUCAGACCGGCACGGAGGGGCGGGCCUGAAUUCCGAUCGUUUUUCUUUCUAGCGCGCGUUCCGCGUUCGGAGACACGCACGAUGCGCGCGCGAUUGACGUAGUAAGUAAACCCCCCUAAAAAAAAAAUAAUAAUAAAAUAAAAUAAAAAAGGAGAGAAGCCGAAAAAUCUGGAAAGUUUAUUUUCCAUUUGAUUUUUCUGCUUCGACACCCUUCAUCCGUCCCCAUCUUUGUCGUGAGAGUCUCCACCCUUUUUUUCAACCCCUUGGUAAAUAAGAUAUCCUCCUCCUCUUGGCUUCGUUUUUCCCUCCGUCGUUCUUUUCUUCCAUCCGAUUCGAUUCGGAUGUGAAAACAGUCCCCCCCCCUUCGUCCAUCGGAAUGGAGUUUGAAAAAAAGGGGGGAGAAAAUAUCUAUAAAGUUGCAACACCGCCUUCAAAGAUUUAUUAUUGUGUGGUGCAUGCGGCCCGAGCCCUUUUUUCUUUUCUUUCCCUCAGCUUUAUUACCGGUCCGAGAUGAUAUGACCACCGCGCGCUGGCUGCUGUUGCUACUUUGGAUGUUGAUGCCGAACAACCGUCGAGCGCGGCGGCGGCGGCGGCGACCACUUGUGUGGUCAACAUUCUUCACGGUCCGGUGCGUUUGCUUUUUCCCUUCACAAAACGAAAUCUUAAUGGUCCGUCGUACAACCGGCUACUGAUUAACGGUCGAUAUGUCAGAUUUUUUUUCUCCGAAUAAAAAGGAACGUGGAAUUGGUUACACUCAAAUUGGCUUUCUGAGGGAGAUCAAACGGCCAGAUGGAAUACCCCCAUGUCUCAUUAUUAUUUCCAAAUGCCGUCGAUAUCCAACCGUCUUGACAUUUUAAAAACAACCUAGAAGAGUCGUCAAUCCACCGAUCGUGAUAAACUGUCGAGAGCGCUCCUUUUUUAUUAUUGACGAGGAAGAAAACAAAUUCCCGCUUUAAUGAAUCAUUUCGCCGCAUCAUCCAUCCUUCGUCUUUUUUUGUGUGUGGGCUUGCUUUUUUGGUCCCGAAAGUGCUCUGCACGGCACACACACACACACACAAAAGCGAAUUGUGUCGGGUUCUCCUUUCAGGCGAUGGCGUGUGCCGGGCGCACGGUCCCGGUGAUCACCACCGAAACGGCUUGGCGUUGUUCAUCAUAGGCUUCCAAGAGAACAAAUAGAUCGAACGUGAGGAUAACGUUUUCUUUUUUCGUUCGUAACAUUUAAAAAAUGUUAAGUUUUCUUUUUUUUUUAAAGUUUUCUUCUUCUUUUGAUUGUUUGAUACUGGAGAAUCUUUACUGCCAAGUUGUGGCUUGUUGGAAGACCCCGGCUGAGAGUAACAAGAAGAAAUCCAUAGGCAAAGGCAAGAAAUCGUUGGGUUCGACUCGUUGGUUGAGGAAGACGUGGAAACGUGACCCUCAGCCCUUGGGAGCGGCUUAUACUCUUACAGACAGUGCACACGCCACUGUAAUCUCCCGCUUUCCUUAUUUUCCUUUCUCGACACGAAAAAUCGACUACUAUUCCUCUAUGAAGAUAUCAAAACCCAGAGGGAAGAAAACGCCCGUCUCCCGGUGCGUGUGAUCUGUAACAAUACGCAUUGGCCGAAAUCGCAAUCGGCUGCCAUCCGCGCAACAUUCGGCAUUUCGAAAAGAGAGAGAGAAAAAAAACAAACGCAACAGGUGUCUCGAGUUUAUCUUCAUUGAGGCGUGCGUUGGUGAUGAUAACCCCGUCCGCCGCCGCCGAAAGAAAACAAAACGGGCCGAAUAACAACCAAUGUGACGGGAAAAACAGGAAGGAGAGAUUCAAAACAAAUGUGAAACGAGAUUGUAGGGCGUUGUCCGCCCUUUUUUUCUUUCUCGUCUGCGGAGAUUUGUAACACGUAAUUCAAAUUCUGUCGGGUUGGGUUCAUGGGCAGUCAACCGUUCUCUUCAAUUUCAUUUGGUGAACUCAUCUAAUUCAAGUAUUCCAAUUUUUCUAACGUGCUUGUCUACCGUCUUUUUCUUCUCGUUCGUAAAUUAUUACUCCUCGAUUCGACGGAUUUGUUUAUUUACUGGAUUUUGUUUCCCAAAUUCAAACUGAAACGGAGUUUAACCAGUGGCGGAUAGAGUGGUGAGGAAGAGAGAGAAAAAAAGAAGCCACGCGACGUAUCCACGCGCCUUUCGUCAUUGGCUCUCCCGGAGAGUCACGUGAUCCUUGUCCAGGGGAAAGAAGGCUCUACUAAUCUUUCUCGGCUCUUUCUCGUUUUACACAAGAAAGAGGAAGAUGAAGGACCUGCCUCUUACUCUCUCCCGAGGGAAGAUUUUAUUUUUUGAAAGGGCUCGUUUUUACUUGAUUAAGUCGCCCCAGUCGUCUCGGACUCGUUGUCGAGAGUGGUCGCGUGUUGUCGUACAUCGUCUGUGAAUAUAACAAGCCCAUAAGAAGAAGAAGAAGAAGAAGAAGAAGAAGAAACAAAAACAACAAACGCCAUGACAGCCAAAAGCGACAAGAAUCUCAAAAGCAGUCGCAGUGAUAAGCGCCGGACCAACAAGCCGUUGAUGGAAAAGCGACGUCGAGCGCGAAUCAAUCACAGCCUGUCGGUUCUCAAGAGCCUGAUCAUCAAGGACGAAGCCAACAGUUCGAAUCCAGCUUCGCAGUCGUCUCGACUCGAGAAGGCGGACAUUCUCGAGCUGACAGUUAUGCAUUUGCGGACGUUGGAAAAAGAGAAAGAGGAACAUUUACAGCAGCAAAAAGAGCAGUCCGAACUCACCGGAAAGGAAAGCAACAAGAUCGACAAUGACGUCAAAUCGUAUCGACUCGGUUAUCAAGCCUGUUGCCAUGACAUUGGUCGUUUUUUGGACGGACCGGUCUCUGAUUUAACCAAAGAACGCUUGAUGGAACAUCUCCAGGAGAGGAAGCAAAAGAUCUUUCAGCCCAACAAUAACGGCGAUCCGGCGGAUGCAAAUCUCAUCACCCCGACACGUUUGUCCGAUGGCCGCCUGGCUCUCAUUUUCUCGUCGUCCUGCUCGUGGCUUUCAGGCGGAAUGGAUUUACAGUCACCUUCUUCUUCCUCUUCUUCUUCUUCCUCGCCAUCGUCGUCAUUCCAGUCAAAUCCUGUCCCGGCCACACCACCUUCUUCUCCGGAUCAACAAGUUAUGCUUCAACCGUCGACAAACUCGGUCGGCAGUGUCUGGCGGCCUUGGUUCUAAAGUGCAAAAGUAUGCCAUGCCAUUACGGUUAUUCGAGUGUUCCUUUCUUUCUCUCUAUUUUACACAAAUCUUUUUUGUACAUACACAUGCUGAUGAAUCCAUUGAACUGUGUUCCGAGCGGAUUAAACGCUGAUAUCUCUG